CGUCGCACUCCGGCUCUGUGCAAUGCAACGCCCAUAGCCACAGAUAGAGAGGAAGGAGUGAGUGAGUGUGUGAGUAAGAAAGAACGAGGAAAAGAGGGAGUGUGUGUACAUGUACCGGAGAAGAGAGAGAAAGAUAAGUUAGGAGUACAAGAAACUGAUCAAGUUAGCUUUUUUUUCCUUUCUUUUUCCUUUCUUUCUUUUUUUACAUGAGUCUGAGACCAAAUCGGCCAGUAGCUUUGACCGUGGCGCCAAAGAAAGAGAAGAUUUUCCCUUAAAUUGUGUUUUUGGAGCUGUUAGAAUAGAGGAGGGACGCGGCGUUGUCAAGUCGCACUGAUCUGAUGAUCAUGACGGCAGCUGUCGAUAUGAAACCGACGUUAACAAUCAUAAAGGCUGAAAAAAUGGACGAUCCGGAGUGCGGAGAUGUCCCCCUGCUAACUCCAGGAAGUAAAGAGAUGAUGUCCCAGGCUCUGAAGGCUACCUUCAGUGGCUUCACAAAGGAGCAGCAGCGGCUGGGUAUUCCCAAAGAUCCCAGGCAGUGGACAGAAAGCCAUGUGGCUGAGUGGCUAACGUGGACAGUGAACGAGUUCAGUCUGAAGAAUGUUGACUUUGACAAAUUCUGCAUGAACGGAGCCACCCUGUGUGCGAUGGGGAAGGAUCGCUUUUUGGACUUAGCACCUGACUUUGUUGGUGACAUCCUUUGGGAACAUUUAGAGAUGCUUCAGAAAGAGGAUACAAAGCAUUACCCCAUCAAUGGACUGACCUCCAACUUCCAGGAAUCACGUUAUACCUCAGACUACUUUGUCAGCUACGGUGUUGAGCAUGCUCAGUGUGUCCCUCCUUCUGAAUACUCAGAGCCUGGUUUCAUCACAGAGUCUUACCAGACGCUUCAUCCCAUCAGCUCAGAGGAAUUGCUGACGCUUAAGUAUGAGAAUGAAUACCCUGCUGUCAUCCUACGGGACACGCCCCUCAACCCGCUACAGGGGGACUACUUCUCUGUCAAGCAAGAGGUGGUAUCCCCUGACAACAUGUGUGUGGGACGUCUCAGCAGGGGUAAGCUUGGUGGCCAGGACUCCUUUGAGAGCAUCGAGAGCUUUGAGAGCUGUGACCGGUUGACUCAGUCUUGGAGCAGCCAGUCUUCCUUCAACAGUCUGCAGCGGGUACCUUCAUACGACAGCUUCGACUCAGAAGACUAUCCCACUGCCUUGCAUGGCCAUAAGCCCAAGGGCACUUUCAAAGACUAUGUGAGGGAGCGCUCAGACCUUAGCAAGGAUAAGCCCGUCAUCCCAGCAGCAGCACUGGCAGGAUACACAGGCAGCGGCCCCAUUCAGCUGUGGCAGUUUCUUCUGGAGCUGCUGACAGACAAGUCUUGCCAGUCCUUCAUCAGCUGGACAGGCGAUGGCUGGGAGUUCAAGCUUUCUGACCCAGAUGAGGUUGCUCGGAGGUGGGGCAAGAGGAAAAACAAGCCCAAGAUGAACUAUGAGAAGCUGAGCCGUGGCCUACGCUACUACUAUGACAAGAAUAUCAUCCACAAGACGUCAGGGAAACGCUAUGUCUACCGGUUUGUCUGUGACUUAAAAAGCCUGCUGGGGUACACUCCUGAGGAACUCCACGCAAUGUUAGACGUAAAGCCCGAUACGGAUGAGUGAAAGCAAAGAAGAAGAAGGAAGUGAAUGCAAAAGUUAAGGAGCAGCACGGACUGUGACUCAUAAAGUGGUCUUAACUGUUUGAUAGAGUCGGUAAAGCGUUUUUUUGGGGACCAAAAUGUUUUUAAUGACUUAUUGUGGUCUUUGUCAACUUCAAGCUCCUGUUUCUCAGACCAUGUUUUAAAAAGAAGGCACAAGCCAAAAGCCUGUAUUCAUACCCUGUUGCAUUUGAGAUGUGUGUGCGUGCGUGUGCGUAUGUUCGAUAUGUACCGGUAUUCUUUAGCAGCUCAAGGCCCGUCAGGUAGAGUUCAGGUUCUGUUCUGCUCAAGUAGCACAGCGGGGUGACAAGAGGACCAAGACAGAAAGUGUGAGAGAACCGAGAAAAAUAAAAAUGAUUAAUUUCAUUGUUAGGGUAAACAGAUAGCAUGCGGAAAGUUCCCGCUAAGGGAAAGAAAAAAAAAAAGGUUGCCAAAUUGUAAAUCCAGAACUAAGGGAGGUAUAAUGUAAUAUUUACUCAUGGAUCCUCUUGGGCAAAGAGAGAGUUUUCAGCUCGGACCAAAAAGUGUUGUUUCGAAAUUUGUUGUUUGAGGACCGUAUGCUUGUGCCAGUAUUAUAUUAUUGAUGUUCAGAGCACCCAGUGUAAACAUACCAGGAAUAUAUUACAAAUAGUAUUUUCUUAAGUUGUCAAUUAAGGUAUUACAGUAGAACCAAACAUUAGCUGCCAAGUUUAACCGUUCUGUUCUAUAGGAUCCGUUGACUAAAAUGUGCUGAUUCGUAAUCAGACAACACUAUAGACACCGGCCCAGUGCUUUGUAGUGUGUGAGGACCUGGUGAGAUUACUCAUCUCAAGAGUGUCUGAUAGACAGUCAACUGAAAGUAGCCGUUGCUUUUGAAACUGACGCUUUCACCUUUGCGUACGUUUGCCACCUUGUUAAAGACACAUAUUGUGACUGAAACUUAUGCAUUUUUGCAUAUACCACCAGUAUUAUUAAACUGUAGACAAUCUUAUGUGGGGAAAUUCAGGAGUCUUUGCUAAGAAGAUCUGUUUAAGAUGCAGAUUAGAUGCAUAAUUUGUCGGUUCACUGUCCAUGUUCCUGUUGCUUUAGAAGUGUUUGAAAAGUCUUGUCUGUCUGUCUAUAUAAUAAAAUCACAAGUGAAAUAGUUGAGGGAGUGAUUUUACAAAAUCCUAAGAAUGUUUUUUUUUUUUUCCUUUGUUGUAUAGUACAUUUUGGUCACAAGGAAGCGGCUGCAGGAUAGAGUAAAGGUACAGUGUAGGAAAAAGGGACAGGCAAUAGAAAAAUGACGUCUAGAGAGAAUAGGAAGUUGUAUAGGAUAAAUGAAGGUGUCUGAAAGGAAUCUGUGGAUCCUGCAGGUGAUGGUCACUUGUGAGGUCUGACAGAAAUGAUGCAAGUUGGCAGUGCCUGGAAGUUUGCAUUACAUGGGUUGUGUGCCGCCAGUGCAGUUGAAUGCAGUUUUCAGCUGAAACCUCAUUGCAAAUAAACCAAUUUAGGACUAGUGGCAGACAUUUGUAUUUGAUUUUUAGGUUUGUAUGGAACCUUUCUCUGAUCAAAAUAAUAUUGAAGUUUAUAGAAAGUAACUUCUGUAUGAUUCCAUCCAUAUUUCUUUGUGCAGUUUGCUCAGUAGACAUGCCUAAAGAUUCACUGGUUACAUUUGAGCAAAUUGGCAGUGUUUCCUCUCAGCAGUGGGAACAGUGGCUGUACACUGGCCUUAUGGGAAAUGCCAAAGUGGAAUAUCAUCUUAGAAUACAAUGUUAUUGUUUACAGUGGCUGAAUGUUACCCAUAUGGAUGAAAAUAGCUUUUGAGAUGUCUAUUUGUACAGAUUGUAUUUCAUAAUGCUUUAUUGAGACCCAGAUUAUACAAAUAAGCAAGAGACAAAGCAGGAAUAAUAACCAAAACCCAUGUGAGGUCUUUGGCCACGGUGAUUUGUGUAUCGACCACAGUGUUGGAAGACAGGGACCAGAAUUCUCUUGCAUUUCUGGAACGUGUUGACUUUCCUUUCAUAUUUUCUUAAUGCAUUGGAAAGCACACAGCUUUAGGACAAAGACAAAAAACUUUCACUGAGUUGGGUUUCCCACUGAAAAGAGAUGAGAUGCUGCACACGUUCAGAACCUUUAAUUGGCAACAAAAUCAUGUGCACCAUCAUCAAGCACUGACUCACCAACCCUCAACCAUGCUUGUCAUCUGACAGGAAAGAUCUACAAAUUAAUGAAUAAUAAGCUGCACUGUAUUGUCAUUCUUUUCUGCAUGUUGAUUUCCAAAGGUUUCCAAGCACUGUUUUUUUUCUUUUUGUUCUUUUGUCCAGGUUCAUUUUAUAAUGUCUGUUUUAUGUUAGAAAGAGCUUUACAGAGUGUUAAACAUAAUGGCAAUGAUUGUCAGUGCCCUUUUCUCCCUACACAAGGUCAUUAUAUCAGUAUGGUUGACUUCAUAAGAUCAGUAUGCUAAAGAAACAUUCUGUUACCUAAACUGUUAAUAUUUUGAAAAUUAUUUUGUCAAGAAAAUAUACUGUUGUUAAAUGUCACAGAUUACAAUCUACUGCAGGUCUUAUGUAUUAAUGAACCAUAGUCUGGCAAGUAUACACACCAGUAGUUUGUGGCAUAUGCAUAUCUCAGAAUGGAUUCAGAAGGAAAACCUUUUUUGCUUUGGAUGUUGUUUUUUUUGUAUAUUUUAUAGUGUCUCUGUAUUUUUGUUAUGAGAUCAUUUUUAUUGUAUUUAGUUCACAAACAUUUGAAUAUUUUUCAGUAAUUUAUAUUUUAUAAAAGACAAGAGAUGCAGACAGCUGGUGCUUUCAUGGGAAUUUAAAGGUAGCGCAGGACAAAAUAAUGUAGCGAUUUUUUUUUUGUUCGUUUUUAUUUUUUAUUCUUUUUUUAUACAGAAAAUAGACCUGUCUGCUAGAGAAAAAAAGGCUGAUGCUGGCCCAUCAAUGAUUUCUGCUGGAAAGGUUUUAUAAACUGUAGCUUCUAUUUCUAAAAUGUACUUAAUGUACUUCGAAAUGUUAUAAAAUAUAUGUGAACAAAGA